AUGGCCGGGAUCCGCAAGCUGGAGCUGGAGGAGGCCCUGGUGCUGCGGUCUGGCUGGCGGCACGCGUGCCACGCGCUGUUAUACGCGCCAGACCCCCCCAUGCUGUUUGGCCGCAUCCCGCUCCGUUACGCCGUCCUGAUGCAGAUGCGCUUUGAUGGGCGCCUCGGCUUCCCCGGCGGCUUCGUCAGCGUGCAGGACGGCGGUCUGGAGGCCGGGCUGAACCGCGAGCUGACCGAGGAGCUGGGCGAGGCCGCGGCCGACUUCCGCGUGGAGCGCGCCGACUACCGCAGCUCGCACGCGGGGCCCGGGGCGCGCAUCGUGGCCCACUUCUACGCCAAGCGCCUGACGCUCGAGCAGCUGGUCGCGGUGGAGAUGGGCGCCCCGCGCGCCAAGGACCACGGGCUGGAGGUGCUAGGCCUGGUACGGGUGCCCCUGUACACCCUACGGGAUGGUGUGGGAGGCCUGCCUGCCUUCCUGGAGAAUUCCUUCAUCGGCACUGCGAAGGAGCAGCUGCUGGAAGCCCUCCAGGAUCUAGAACUGGUGGAGCCUGGUUCUCUUACAGCCUGGAAGGUCUCCCUACCUCGCUAGAGGCAACCCUCUGUGGACCCAUGGAACCUGAGAUGAGGAUCUUGGUAUAAAGGAGGG